GGAAAAGAAUAGCAUCCAAUAUGGCGGCUUCCACGGAACAGGGUGAAAAACCCGUCCGUAUCUCGGAUGUGGAUGUACUGCUGCACCCCGAGCUGCUGUCUCACGAGUUCAUGCGGCUAAUCUUACGCGAGAAACACGUCGGUACCGGAGAAUGUGAAAGUCGGGACCGGCUCACGGAGCUCUACCUGCGGCACGUCAUCCCGCGGCCGCAGAGGACGUUACCCGACAGCCGCUGGGGAAAGAGGAUGGAGAAGAUCCGGGGGAGGAGGCACACACCGGCCGGUCACGGGCCCGACAGUUCCGGUAACAACCACAAUAGGAAAAGGCCUCUGAUUGUGUUUGAUGGCAGUUCCUCUGGCCCACUAAAAGUAAAGAAACCAGAAGGCGCCACCUUGUCAACGGGAACCACUGACAGGUUAAAACCUCCUCCUGCUGCAAACCUGCCCUGCAAGCUAUCUGGAAAUGCAUCUUCCUCCUCUUCCUCAUCCUCAUCCAUUAUUUGCAGCAGUGACGCAGCAAACCUCAAACGGGAAGCGAUCGGCUCGGAUGUAACGGAGUCUCCAGAGGUGAAGAAAAAGAUCCAUCAUGUGACAUGGCCCUGACCUCUUGACCCCUGACCUUGAUACACACACACACACACACACACAUACACCUGAUUGCAGCUCAGGCUCUGAAGGACAGACCACACCCCCCCACACCCCCUCCCUCCCAGGAUGUUCCCCAGUAUCUUUGCCUUCCCCAUCACAGUUAUCCAACUAAUUGUAUCACAAACGGGACGAAAUACCCUGAAACUUGUGCGUCUCCAGGCCAACUCGCAGCGCUCUUUCAUCCACGAGCUGACAGGAUGGCGCUCCGAGGAGUCGCAAGCUUCCGUGUAGCUUCCACACAAACCUCAAGUGGCCUUACCGUAGACGAUCAGCAACGCUCCUCGUGUCCUACACACACACACACACACCUUCUCCGGGGCAAAAUGAGUAACGCCACUUUCAGUUUGCUCGAAAUGCAAUUUAGGGAAAUUGCGGUUGUCGAUAUUCUGUUUCUGUGCACGAGUUGGUUUUGUUCAGGACUGCUCUGCAAAGGGUUAAAAUGUUGUACGCCGUAGUACCGUGGCUUGAAUGGACAAAUUAACUUCGACACACAUUUUACAGACUCUUAAUCGUUUGAGAUUGUGACUGGACAUAUCUACCGUAAGCUUCAUUGUCAACACGUUAUAAAAGGCAGUGCAACAAACAAAAUAUACAGCGUGUUCAAUCUCGUAUACGGUGUCUUUAUCUUCUCAAUGAACCCCAUUCCGCUGGUGUCUGGCCUCAGUUGUUCAGGGUUUUUUAAAUAUUAGUGUAACUUGGUAUUGUGCUUUUGUUUUAAACUCGUAUUCAUGCACUUGAAUAACACCUUUUUAAAAAUGAUUACAUAAGAGAGGAAAAUAGACUAAACCAGGAAUAUUGAUAUUUUUUUUGAAGUGUGUAUUCUAAAUUGUGUAUAGAUUGACUUUUAAAGUAACUUUCUUUAAAGCAGAUGUAGACGGAGAUAAACAAAAAAAUAUUUACAAAGCAUUUUAAAUCCAAUGUGAAACGUUUGUAUUGAUGCUUUUCAAAAUAAAUUGUCUGGAUACAAUUAA